AUGGCAUCGUGCCCGCCCCUGUCCUCAUCGGAGGUUGGUGAGGAGCCAUGGGAGCCCUUUCUCGCACAGAUCCGUGCUGGAUAUUUUGAUACAGUGAAGGAACUCCAGACUGCGAGCAUGGAGCAGGCCGCGAAGUGGGGGUAUGAGCUGAGCACCAGGGGACAUUUCGAGGAACAAGUCAAAGAAGCGUGGACCGAGUUUAUCUUCGACAGCGGGGGCCUGGGAGUUGGAAGUCAAUUAACACCCUGGUGCUUAUUUUAG